AUGGUCGUCUUCUACCCGGGCCCCGGCGGAGUUCACGUAACCUACCCCGUCUACUCCUACUCCUACGUCCAGCCCGUCGUGGCGUCGCCCGCGGUCGUCGUCCAGCCCGUCACGACGGUUACGCCGGUCACGACCAUCACUCCAGUCACGACCGUCACGCCUGUCGUCCAGGCCCAGGCCGUCUAUCCAGUGGCCUCCGUCGUCGCGCCGGCCUACCAGAUCGGAGCAAAACAGCCCCUAGUAUUAUCUUUCCAGUGGCGGCGCUUGGACAAUAUUCUUAACUCGACCUCCCUCCUUUACCUUGUCAAUACUCUUGCAUUUCCUGGCUUCGUAGCCGACUCUCGAAAAGGCAUGUAUGCCGUGUAUUUCGCUACUUCUGAGACCGCCACUCGCACAACCGGCUUGCUCGACGCCGCUGCUUCCAACACAGGCGGGCACGAUGACUCCAGUGACGGGAAACACUGCAGCAUCUUCCCGUUACUUGUGCGCCCUCGAGAAAUGGUCAGGGUCAACACCGACCUGACACAAAAGGGACCUCUGGGCCAGGGACGUAGGCAAAAACGGGAUGCAGCCCGAUGGGCAAAGAACGGAAAGCCAAGGGGCUUUGGUAACGGAGGUUGAAUAAUACACUACUUGAUGUUUGAGAUAUUUGGAUAUACUGUGGCUCCUAGACAAACAGCACCCUCGACUGUGCC